UCCACUUUUCUCCUCAGCUCUACCUCAAGAGCGCUAUAAGACAUCAACCUUAAACCCCGAGAAAAGCCAAAAACAAAUUACAGCUUCUAGUUCGAGUAUCCAUCAAUGGUGGGUUUGGGCAAGAGCGCCAUGGAAUGGCUCCAAGAUCCGCUGAGCUGGCUGUUCGUUGCCUCGGUGGCCUUCGUGGUGUUCCAGCGGUGCCGGCGGGGCAAGGCGCCGCCGUUUCCUCCGGGGCCGAACCCGCUGCCCAUCGUCGGCAACAUGUCGAUGAUGGACCAGCUUACCCACCGGGGCCUCGCGGCGCUGGCGAAGCAGUACGGCGGCCUUCUCUACCUCCGCCUUGGCAAGCUCCAUGCCUUCGCCGUGUCGACGCCGGAGUACGCCCGGGAGGUGCUGCAGGCGCAGGACGGCGCCUUCUCCAACCGGCCGGCGACCAUCGCCAUCGCCUACCUCACCUACGACCGUGCCGACAUGGCGUUCGCGCACUACGGGCCCUUCUGGCGCCAGAUGCGCAAGCUCUGCGUGAUGAAGCUCUUCAGCCGGCGCCGUCCGGAGACGUGGAUCGCCGUGCGCGACGAAUCCGCGGCGCUCGUCCGCGCCGUGGCUCGGCGGAGCGGCGAGUCCGUGAACCUCGGCGAGCUCAUAUUCAACCUUACCAAGAACGUCAUCUUCCGCGCCGCCUUCGGUGCCGGCGCCGCCGCGGACGGCGACGGCGGCAAGCAGGACGAGUUCAUCGCUAUCCUCCAGGAGUUCUCCAAGCUCUUCGGCGCGUUCAACAUCGGCGACUUCUUCCCGUGGCUCAGCUGGGCGGACCCGCAGGGCAUCAACGUGCGCCUCCGCGCCGCACGCGCCGCCCUCGACGAGUUCAUCGACAAGAUCAUCGACGAGCACAUGGCGAGGGGCAAGAACCCGGACGACGUCGACGCGGACAUGGUGGACGACAUGCUGGCGUUCCUCCCUGAGGCGAAGCCCAAGAAGGCCGCCGGCGACGGCGGGGAUGAGCUGCAGAACACGCUUCGCCUCACGCGUGACAACAUCAAGGCCAUCAUCAUGGACGUGAUGUUUGGCGGGACCGAGACGGUGGCGUCGGCAAUUGAGUGGGCGAUGGCGGAGAUGAUGCACAGCCCGGACGACCUCCGUCGAUUACAGAAGGAGCUCGUCGACACGGUGGGUCUCGACCGGAAUGUGAACGAGUCGGACCUCGACAAGCUCCCCUUCCUCAAGUGUGUCAUCAAGGAGACGCUCCGGCUGCACCCGCCCAUCCCACUGCUCCUCCAUGAGACCGCCGAAGACUGUGUUGUCGGGGGCUACUCCGUGCCCCGAGCCUCUCGCGUCAUGAUCAACGUUUUCGCCAUCGGCCGCGACGCCAAGGCAUGGAAGGAUCCGGACACAUUCCGACCGUCGCGGUUCAUCGCAGGGGAAGGGGAGGCUGCCGGCGUCGACUUCAAGGGCGGCUGCUUCGAGUUCCUGCCAUUUGGAUCCGGGCGACGCUCGUGCCCUGGGAUGGCGCUUGGCCUGUAUGCGCUGGAGCUCGCCGUCGCUCAGCUCACCCACGGGUUCAGCUGGGCGCUACCUGAUGGCAUGAAGCCGUCAGAGCUCGACAUGAGUGACAUCUUCGGCCUCACCGCGCCGCGUGCCACGAGGCUCUAUGCCGUGCCCACACCCCGGCUCACCUGCCCCUUGGUCGUUGACAUUGAUGUCGACAGCGCGCAUCAGGCGUGAUAUCGUACGUGCGAGUGUGUGCGCCCGUUGCCUUUGCGUGUGCCGUCAACAGUAUCUACCAGCUGUGCAAGGGGGGGGGGUGUUUGAUGGGAGGUGGUGGAGGUACCAUUGCAAGAGUUUGGUGGUUUUCUCUUGCAUUUUGUUGUUGUUUUCUUUUUUGUUUCUGAUACUGUAGAACAUAAUAAGGGGAUGUCCAUGCUACCUGCGUGCAUACUUAGGUUACAAUUAAGCAUAUGAUGGAUGUUCUAUGACUAAGAACAUAAACUGUAUAAACCGUAUUAUUUGAGACUUGUUGGGUCCAAAUUCUGUAAAUUUUCUUUGUAUGACAAUUUUCUUUUAAGGCAAAAAUUUCCACC